AUGUGCAGCUCCGACAUUUUCCUAGCGGUACUCGCCGUCUUCUUCCCACCUAUUGCAGUCUGGAUCAAGGCCGGGUUCUGCAGUGCAGACUCGCUCAUCAACAUAACCCUCACUCUACUCUGCUUCUUCCCAGGUCUCAUCCAUGCAUGGUACAUCAUCCUGAAGUAUCCGGACCCCAACGACGACGACGUAGCCUACGAGCCCAUCCCCGGUGGCGGGAGUCGGCGCCGCGAUCUGGAGAACGGAAACGUUACCUACUACUAUGUCUCACACCAACAGCAACACCCUCCCCAGCGUGGAUAUGGCACAGUCGACACUCACAGCCAGCAGGCGCCUGGCCCGGCGAACAAACAACAAAACCACACCGAAGGCAGUGAGAAUGCUGGGAGCAGCAGCGCCCCCCCUCCACCGACUUAUGCCGAGGCUGUGAAGGGUGACAAUAAGAUGCAGAGUCAGGAUUGA